AUGGCGGAGUCGCAGCAGCUGCGGGUGCAGGAGGCGGUGGACACCAUGGUGAAGGAGCUGGAGCGGGAGAAUAUCCGCAAGAUGCCGGGUACCAUGUUCCGAUGCAGUGCCAGCUGCUGUGAGGAUACCCAGGCCUCCAUGCAGCAGGUUCAUCAGUGCAUUGAGCGCUGCCAUGCACCAUUGGCCCAAGCACAGGCCCUUGUGACCAGCGAACUGGAAAAAUUCCAGGACCGUCUGGCUCGAUGCACCAUGCACUGCAAUGACAAAGCCAGAGACCUGAUGGAUGCUGGGAGCAAGGAACAGCAAGUGAAGAGGCAGCUGGAGUCCUGUGUGACCAAAUGUGUUGAUGACCACACGCACCUCAUCCCCACCAUGACCAAGAAGAUGAAGGAUUCUCUGGCAUCUAUUGCAAAAUAGAGUCGUUGUCAGUAGUCAUCAGGGUGGGAGAAUGGGUCUGCUUUUAAUAAUGUAUGGAAACUUUUACCUUUCAGUGAAAAUUUAAGAAUGAAGAAAUGGAGGCUGUAGCAAGUUUAAGAAAAUCUUUAUGGGAAUUUGGCAUCUGCCUCUGGACUCUGUUGGUUCCAUUCUAUGUUUUAGCCCAUAGGUGAAGAAAUGAAAGAAACUGGUUCUCAGGUCUGGAUUGGAGGUAGUGUGUGAGGCUAAUAGUACCCAGCCCUGUCCUGUCAGUGAAGAUGCCCCCUGUUUUGUCUGUUGGAGCCCUUGAUGGCUUUCAGCUGGUUCACAGGUAUUCCGUUCCUGAAUGCUGGAAUAGCCCCUUGCAUUGGUGGGAGUCAGCAGUUCCCCCCAACCUACCUCCCAUCUGGUAUGAAGCUCUGCGGCAGCUGUCCACUUUUGUUUGGUGCCAACUUCACGUCCACCUGAUUCAGCCAUUUCCCAUAUACCAUAAAGCAGCAGCCAUAAGUUCACUACUGACUGGAAAAGAGAAACACGGCUGUGCUUUUCUCCCCAGCACAAGAACCUGGCAUUCAGAGGGCAGUUUGGGGAAGGAGGG